CUUCAUCACUUCCUUCUCCUUAGCCUUGUACACCUCUCUCUCUCUCUCUCUCUCCUACUGCAAAUGUCUCAGGUCCUUACACGAUCUCCCAAACACUGUGCCAAGCAAGGAUUGAAGAACAUAGAGGAGCACUACAAGAAGCUCUUCUAUGCCUUCUCCACCUUUUUCCUCUCAAUCCUAUUCCUCAUCUUUCUAGUUUGGCUCAUCCUACACCCUUCAAAGCCCGAGUUCUCCCUCAAAGAAGCUGACCUCUACCAACUCAACCUCACAGCUCCACUUCCACAUCUUCUCAACUCCUCUAUCCAAUUCACUCUCCUCUCCAAAAACCCGAACAAGAAAGUGGGCAUAUACUACGACGAGCUUCAAGUUUAUGCCUCUUACAAGGGCCAACAGAUAACUGUUGGUACUUCCCUUCCGCCCUUCUAUCAAGACCAUGACGAGAGCAACCUUCUGGCGGGGUCCUUAACUGGAACUGGGUUGCCUGCUGGGCCAUCUUUUGGUUAUGAGUUGGGCAGGGACCGGGCUGCCGGAAAACUGGUCAUGAGUCUCAAGAUGAAUGGAAGGCUUAGGUGGAAAGUGGGGACUUGGGUUUCAGGCAGGAACAGGUUCAAUGCCAAUUGUGUAGCUGUUGUGGAUUUUCGAACCUCAGGUCAACUGAGUUCUAAGCAAGGGACUCAGUGUUCCACUACAGUUUGAUUGAUAUGAUUAAUCAAUACAGUAAAUUUGUUUAGCAACUAAUGUAAUGAGCUCUCUACUUUGCAUGUUUUGUUUCUAAGGUUGGUUUGUUAAUGUAAAGCUUCGUAUUUUUUUAUUUU